AUGAUUUUGAUCAAUCCCUUCAAUCAAACAAUCACAAUUCAGGGUUCUUAUGAUCCUAAUAACUGCCACCAAAACUGCAUUCCUAGUGGCUCGCUGGGUGAUUAUUUCAUGGGUCCUGGUUUAGACUUGUUGCUGCAGCAUUUGGCUGAGAAUGAUCUAAACAAAUAUGGAACGCUGCUGGCUCAAAACGAGGCAGUAGAAGCAUUGCCCACUGUGAAAAUUGAGAAAGCGAUGCAAUGGUCUGUUUGCUUGGAAGAUUUUGAGGUUGGGGCUGAAACAAAGGGGAUUCUUUCGUACUCAUUUUUGUCUUGUGAGAGUCAAUAA